AUACUCCUUUCAGGAUACAUCUAGGCCUCUGUUGCUUCCCACUGCCCACUGUAGCCUCCAGCACAGUGCUCGUGUGCAGCUGGGACACAGGGUUGUCUGGCAGCUGGAGGGUGUGGGAGACAGGUGUUGUCUUCCAGCACAGCUGUUAGGCAAGCGAGGGCCACACCCUGGCCUACUUCCUUCUGCUCUUGUAAAAGUGACAAACAAGUUUGGUUAGACUGUGUGUCGAGUUAAAAUAUUAACAUUUUAAUAUGUGAAGGAUAUCAAAUCCUGGUCAAUAUCUGGCUUACCAUAACGGUUUAAAUUAUUUGGUAUUUAUUGAAGUGUGAGUGUCUCCUAACAUUACUAGACAUACAGCUAAGUGUUUUUUCUGUGCUACGGAGGACAAGAUGGAGGGAGGAGAAAAAGGAAGGAGGGCAAGAAGGAAAGAAGACAGACACAGGAGUUUUUGAUAGCUCCUAGAAAUGCUACAACCAUGGAAUUGGCUAAGCCCUCGGCUUUGGGAGAAGACCUGAACCGGGAGGACAGGAAAGAGAUUGGUAUUACCACCUACCCGUGAAGCGUUCCGAGAAGCCUGUGGGUGCCCCACCAGCAUCCCAGAUCCCAGGGCUCAGCGACUUGAGAGACUCCCCAAGUGUGAAUUUGCCUCGUGCUCGGAGAUACUGGAUAAAAGAAACGGACUCGGAGUAUGUGAAACUGGCCAAGCAAGGUGGCAGACCUGAUUUGUUGAAGCACUUUGCCCCUGGAACCAGACAAGGCUCCCCAGUCGCCUACUCCCUGCCAGACUGGUAUAUUCACCACAGUAAGCCUCCAACGUCUCUCCAGCGAGAAGUCCCUGCGGUCUCCAUUCCAGAAUACAUGGUGUAUGAAGAGUUCAACCCCGACCAGGCCAAUGGCAGCUAUGAGUCCAGACAAGGCCCCUUUGACUUUGACAGGAAAACAAUUUGGCAAAGAGAGGCUGAGGAGCUUGAAAAUGUGAAGAGAAAGGUGAAACUGCCAGCUAUCAAUUCCAAGAACUCAAGCAAAGCGGGGACCCCGGUCAACAACAAAGACUCCGAUAAGAGCAGGCUGUCGUUGCCUCCUAUGCCGGGUCCAAAAACUGGUUCACCCACAAACUUUUCCAAACUUAUCAGCAAUGGCUACAAGGACGAGUGGUUACAGCAGCAGAAGGCUGAUUCUGACAGGAGGACUCCAAAGACAUCCGAGGCAUCCGUGUCCACCCAGUCCACAGAGGACUCUAAAAGUAAAAGUAGCCAAGAUACAGAGACGCCUCAAAAUUCAGAGACCCCUGAAGGCUCUGAGAAAACUCCAGAUGCAGAAGCUCCCCCAUCAGAAGCAACGCCAGAGGAGCUCAAAUAACCCUGGAUGUGCUAUCCAGACAACCCUUUUAGUUACUAUCUAUAGCGUGACAACAGGCAGCUAUGUUUACAGGCUCCCGUUCUAUUUUAUUAACAUAGAAUCUUACGGAACAACUUGCCUUGAGUAUAGUUGAGAUGACCCUAGCAAACACAGGGUAAGUGUGGGCUUUUGUUUCUUACAUUCCUCUGGGGUGGACUUGCUGGCCUGGUGACCUCUGGGACCAAAGUCUCCCUGGAGCUGAUCUCCAACAUCCUGUCCAUGGAGUGUUGGUGUGAGACUCUGGAAGGGAGGAAAUUGACAAGGUGCAGUUCUUUUCUACACUUGGUCCCGUAAACUUUAUAGAAACAAUUUCCCAUUGCACAGAAGCGACUAAUCCCAGUGUCCCAUAAUAUAAUUUGCUGUAACAAUAUUGUAUUAUGCCUCGAAGUUUUAAGCAUUUCAUAUAAAACAUUAUAACAUUAGUUUGAAUGUCUUUGCUAAUAGUAUGAGCACAAAUUGAAACCUAGAAAUACUGAAAGUUUAUUACUUUAUAUCCUUUAGGUAAAAUAUAUAUAUAUAUUAUAUGCAUAUAUUUGUAAUCUCAAUUAGGUGAUUUUAAUAGACUACACAACAAUAUUUUAAUAAUCAGACUGCUCUUGUUUUAUACAUUUCAUUGUUGUUUCUAUGUUAGCAAUUAACAUUAAGACAUAUUUUAUAUUUCAUUCAUUAAUAAAAGAACAAUCUCAUCAGGAAAAGUUUCUAGAAAGCCAAAUAGGGUCAGUAGUCUAGUGUUAUCCCUGGAAUUAACUUAUCAUGCACUCACUUAGUUAAAGUCAAUUUUUCAUACUGGUUCUUUAACUGAAAUACUUAAUCGAGCACUUACAUCUCUAUUGCUUUAACAGAAGGAUACUACUGCGGGAAAAUAUAUAUAUAAUAUGUAAUGAUAUGAAUGACUAUAUGUAUUCAAUAAAAAUAAUAUACCAUGUA